CGUGCGUGUGUCGUGUGUUCGUGUAUGUGCGUGAGUGAGUGUGUGAGUGUGCGUGUGUGUGCGUGCGGGUGUGUGUGUGGGAGCGUCUGUGUGACAGAGAGUUUGUAGUGUAUUCGGAAACGCUCGCGCUGCCAGCUCGGACACUGUCACCGCUUUGCACCGCAGCCAGGCUCCGCGUCCCUUCAUGCGAGUUCCCGUCGCGGCGCCACAAUCUUUGGUCAGCGAUGACUGAAAGCCCUGCGACCAAGCCGGCCAACAGAGACGUGUGUCAGCGUGUGAAGAACGGACUGAAACCGGAGAGGAACGGCUUGGUGAAGAGCCUCCACCGCUGCCGUCAGCAGCCCAAGGAGCACUGCCACCCCGAGGAGGAGGAGAUCCAAGCGGCAUCACAUGAUGGGAGCCUGUACAGCCGUCCCUUUGAUGAGUCGUUCGAGGAGACGCCCAUGCUGGUGGCGGUGCUCACCUACAUGGGCUAUGGCAUCCUCACCAUCUUUGGUUACCUGCGUGACUUUCUGCGCCACUGGAAGAUUGAGAGAUGCCACAUCGCCAGGGAGAGGGAGGAACAAAAGGACUUUGUGCCCCUCUAUCAGGACUUUGAGAACUUUUACACCAGAAACCUCUACAUGCGGAUCCGGGACAGCUGGAACCGGCCCAUAUGCAGCGUCCCUGGCGCCAAGAUGGAACUGGUGGAACGGGUUUCCCUCGACUACAACUGGACUUUUGAGUACACAGGUCGGGUUGUGACAGACGUUAUCAACUUGGGCUCCUAUAAUUACCUUGGCUUUGCGGAGAAUGUUGGGCCAUGUGCCGACGCUGCAGCCGACAUCACCGUGAAGUAUGGAGUGGGUGUGGCCAGCACCAGGCAGGAGAUGGGUAACCUGGACAGACAUGAGGAGAUGGAGAAGCUGGUGGCUCGGUUCUUAGGUGUGGAGUCAGCCAUGGCCUUUGGCAUGGGCUUCGCCACCAACUCCAUGAACAUCCCGGCGCUGACUGGCAAGGGCUGUCUGAUACUGAGUGAUGAAUUGAACCAUGCCUCUCUGGUCCUGGGAGCCAGACUCUCCGGUUCUACCAUCAGAGUCUUCAAACACAACAACAUGCAGAGCUUGGAGAAGCUGCUGAGAGACGCGAUAGUUCACGGCCAGCCCAGAACUCACAGGCCAUGGAAGAAGAUCCUUAUUUUGGUCGAGGGCAUUUACAGCAUGGAGGGCAGCAUCGUCCGCCUGCCAGAGGUCAUUGCCCUGAAGAAGCGUUACGGAGCCUACCUUUACCUAGAUGAGGCUCACAGCAUAGGGGCGCUCGGGCCCAGGGGACGAGGCGUGGUCGACCACUUCGGCCUGGAUCCCUGCGAUGUGGACGUCAUGAUGGGCACCUUCACCAAGAGCUUCGGUGCCGCAGGAGGGUACAUUGCAGGGAAAGAGGAGCUGAUCAAGUUCCUGCGCUCCCAAUCCCACAGUGCGGUCUACGCCACCUCCAUGUCUCCUCCUGUGGUGGAGCAAAUCAUCACUUCUAUGAAGUGCAUUAUGGGAGAGGACGGCACCACAAUAGGCCUUGAGAGGGUGCAGCAGCUGGCAGAGAACACAGUCUACUUCCGCAGAAGACUUCGAGAAAUGGGCUUCAUCAUCUAUGGCAACAAUGAUUCUCCUGUCGUGCCCAUGAUGCUCUACAUGCCCGCCAAGAUAGGAGCGUUCGGCAGGGAGAUGUUGAAGAGGAACAUCGGAGUGGUAGUGGUCGGCUUCCCUGCCACACCCAUCAUCGAGUCUCGAGCACGAUUCUGCAUCUCAGCCGCCCACACGAAACACAUGCUCGACAGGGCACUUAGUGUCAUCAGCGAGGUGGGAGAUCUUCUUCAACUCAAGUACUCAAGGCACAGAAUGCAGCGCUCUGUGGGCCAGCCCUUCGAUGAUAAUGUGUACGAAGACAUCGACGACUGAUGACCCGCUCCUCUUCUAAAGUGGCGUGGCUCAGAACCGUCCCAGAAAAAAAAACCAGAUCUAGGCGGAUUGAAAGUUUUCUUCACAAAACAGGAACCAAAAAGUGCACAGGUGCCCCUUGUCACAAGCUUGCCAUAAUAUCACCAAAAAACUUAAACGUCACC